UCCGACCGGUCACGUGGCCCCGCACCUCCCCGGCGCGCGUCCGCCUGCUCGCCCCCGGCCCCGGCUCCGGCUCCUCCUCCUCUUCUCGCCAUUGCAGUUGGACUCAGCAGCCCGGUGCGCACCGCGUGGCUUUUGGGGCGAGACCCCGGCGGGCUCUGGCAGGAGGGCGGCGGCUGCGGUCGGAGAAGGGGACGCGGACAAGAUAGUUGAAGUAUUGAUAACACCAAGGAAAUCUGUCACAAUUUGAAAAGAUAAGCAAAAAUUUGAUUUCCAGACACUACAGAAAAAGAAGUAAAAAUGCGUCCAGUGAGAAUUUUUGUGAAUGAUGAUCGCCAUGUGAUGGCAAAGCAUUCUUCCGUUUAUCCAACACAAGAGGAGCUGGAGGCAGUCCAGAACAUGGUGUCCCACACGGAGCGGGCUCUCAAAGCUGUGUCCGACUGGAUCGAUGAGCAGGAGAAAGGCAGCGGCGAUCACGCCGAGUCCGAGAAUAUGGAUGUGCCCCCAGAGGACGAGACCAAAGAAGGGGCCGGGGAGCAGAAGUCAGAGCACGUGACCAGAACCCUGAGGGGCGUGAUGCGUGUUGGCCUCGUGGCAAAGGGCCUGCUGCUCAAGGGGGACCUGGACCUGGAGCUGGUGCUGCUGUGUAAGGAGAAGCCCACGACCGCCCUCCUGGACAAGGUGGCUGACAACCUGGCCAUCCAGCUCGCUGCUGUUACAGAUGACAAGUACGAAAUACUCCAAUCUGUCGACGAUGCCGCGAUUGUGAUAAAAAACACAAAAGAGCCUCCAUUGUCCCUGACCAUCCACCUGACAUCCCCUGUUGUCAGAGAAGAAAUGGAGAAAGUAUUAGCUGGAGAAACGCUAUCAGUCAACGAUCCCCCGGACGUUCUGGACAGGCAGAAAUGCCUUGCUGCCUUGGCGUCCCUCCGACACGCCAAGUGGUUCCAGGCCAGAGCCAACGGGCUGAAGUCGUGUGUCAUUGUCAUCCGGGUCCUGAGGGACCUGUGCACCCGCGUUCCCACCUGGGGUCCCCUCAGAGGAUGGCCCCUCGAGCUUCUCUGUGAGAAGUCCAUCGGCACAGCCAACAGACCAAUGGGUGCCGGCGAGGCCCUGCGGAGAGUGCUGGAGUGCCUGGCUUCAGGCAUCGUGAUGCCAGAUGGUUCUGGCAUUUAUGACCCUUGUGAAAAAGAAGCCACUGAUGCUAUUGGGCAUCUAGACAGACAGCAACGGGAAGAUAUCACACAGAGUGCGCAGCACGCUCUGCGACUUGCUGCGUUUGGCCAGCUCCAUAAGGUCCUGGGUAUGGACCCCCUGCCUUCGAAGAUGCCCAAAAAACCAAAGAAUGAAAACCCAGUGGACUACACAGUUCAAAUACCCCCCAGUACCACCUACGCCAUUACGCCCAUGAAACGCCCAAUGGAGGAAGAUGGGGAGGAAAAGUCUCCCAGCAAAAAGAAGAAGAAGAUUCAGAAGAAAGAGGAGAAAGCAGAGCCUCCCCAAGCGAUGAACGCCCUGAUGAGACUGAACCAGCUCAAGCCGGGGCUGCAGUACAAACUGGUUUCCCAGACCGGUCCAGUUCAUGCCCCCAUCUUCACCAUGUCUGUGGAGGUAGACGGCAACUCAUUCGAGGCCUCUGGGCCCUCCAAAAAGACUGCCAAGUUGCACGUGGCCGUUAAGGUGUUACAGGACAUGGGCUUGCCCACGGGUGCCGAAGGCAGAGACUCCAGCAAGGGGGAAGACUCAGCUGAGGAGACAGAGGCGAAGCCAGCCGUGGUGGCCCCGCCACCUGUGGUGGAAGCUGUCUCGACCCCCAGCGCUGCCUUCCCCUCAGAUCCCACUGCCGAGAACGUAAAACAGCAGGGGCCGAUCCUGACCAAGCAUGGCAAGAACCCUGUUAUGGAACUUAACGAGAAGAGGCGUGGCCUCAAGUAUGAGCUCAUCUCAGAGACAGGGGGUAGCCAUGACAAGCGCUUCGUCAUGGAGGUCGAGGUGGACGGACAGAAGUUUCAAGGCGCUGGCUCAAACAAAAAGGUGGCCAAAGCAUAUGCCGCCCUUGCUGCGCUAGAAAAACUGUUCCCCGAUGCCCCUCUGGCCCUCGAGGCCAACAAGAAGAAGAGAGCCCCCGUGCCUGUGAGAGGUGGACCGAAAUUUGCUGCUAAGCCACAUAACCCUGGGUUCGGCAUGGGGGGCCCCAUGCACAAUGAAGUGCCCCCGCCCCCCAAUCUCCGAGGACGGGGAAGAGGAGGGAACAUCCGAGGUCGAGGGAGAGGGAGAGGCUUUGGUGGCGCCAACCAUGGAGGCUACAUGAAUGCUGGCGCCGGGUAUGGCAGCUAUGGGUAUGGAGGCAACUCGGCAACCGCUGGCUACAGUGACUUUUUCACAGACUGCUACGGCUAUCAUGAUUUUGGGUCUUCCUAGAGCAUCUAAAAGUAUUGCACACAAAAUCAACUUUUUACUCCAAUUUUCUCGAACUCCAAAACCCAAAGUGUCCGUGCUGUGCCCUGUGCUUCACUGGGUUUCUCAACCGUGGCUUGUCACCGCAGCUUGUCUGAAACUCUUAGCCUGCAGAAUUUAAGACAAUGGCAGUUUUUAUCGUGAUUUGCCUUUGAACUUGGUCAUAUUGAAGUUCACAAUAAGUGGAAAACAAUUUUCAGAGAAUGCGUUUUUUGUGCAGAAUUGCACAGAAUUCUAGAGCCAGCGUUGGUCAGCAUCAAGGCAAAAGCCCACCUUUGCUUUUUAUGGAAAGCAUUACUUUAUUUAAGAGACAGAUAAUAAUGCAUUUUAAUCUACCUUUGUCUUAAUUUACAGCAGGUUUUGUAUGAAUUUUUAACCUUUUAACAAAUUCCCAAAUCUGGUUGAUGCCUUUGACAGUAACGAUUUCACCACAUCCGAAUCCAGAGCAACCGGCCUUUUUUCUUUUGUUUUUUCAUAAGCAUGUGAAACGUUGGGAACGUUGGGAAAUUGUAUAUUGUGCGAAGUUAACCUCUUCCACCUUUUGUAAAUGCUCUGGUGGGUUCUUGUUCCGGGAUGCAAUGUUCUGUGGCUGCUUUAGCUAGAGGUGAACUCUCAAAGGUAUCAAAACUGUGCUUCCACUAUUAGUGCAAGAAACAGACAGGCUUUAAGGAAGAGAGAAUGUGGAAUUUUGCAAGUCGUAAUCACACCUGCAAAUGCAUGGGAUUCUAGAGGUUUUUUUCUUUUUUCCUUUUCUUUUUUUUUUUUCUUUUUUUUUUAAUGGGGCUUUAAAAAUAAUCAAGCUGGAAGAGCUUAAUACAUAGCACAAUUCUCCAGUGAAGAGCCAAGCCUCAGCAGGGCCUGUGCUGCUGGGCGCACAUCCACGGCAGAUUCCAGAAGGCCUGCAAAGCUUCUGCCCUCUUACCUUAGGGUGCAGGCUUGAGCUUGUGUGGCUUCUCCCUUGUGCGCAGAGGCACACAGAGGCGUUCUGGCUCUUGAAUGAGACCCCCGUCUCUUGGCGGGAGUCCUUCUUGGGAAUGAGUAUAGUUUUGGCUCUGGUCAGCAGACUUCUCUGCAGCAAGGCCUGCCUCUGCGUUGACUUGCAAAAUUUUGCGUUUAUUCAGUCAGGCAAAAAAUUGGUCAAAAUGGUUACUACAUAAUUUGUUCCCAGGGGUUUGAAACAUUCAGUGAAACUUUUUAAAACUUUGAUUGCAUGAUGUAUUUUUUUUUUUUCCUAGAAAGUUAUUGUUUGAGAAUAAUGUCUUUUUAUACCAGGAAAUAGUUAUCCUGAAAUGACGUUGAAAAUUUCCCCUCCCCUUUAUUAUUAUUAUUAUUUUUUUUUAAUCAAUACAUGUUAAAGUAACAAGCCCUCAGUCCUUGGCGUCUUCAUUCAUUCCCACGCUGGCGGAGGGGCGAGGAUGCGCUCAGUGCUGGUCGUGGGCAGCCGAGGUGGUGGGCUUCCGAGAGGGUGUCUGCAGGGGACCUCCCGUCCUCCAGCCUCCUUGAGAAGCCUUCGCGCGUUUACUUUCCUGCAUUGUGGGACUCGUCCUUCUCCUUGGUGUUUUUGGCUUUGGGUGGGGUGGGUGGAAGGGUCUAGAGAAAAUUAACUGAUGUCGCAGAUCAGUUCUAUCCAAAUUAUUGUUCUCAAAACCACCCAAGACACAGCGGUGUGGGGCGUACAUCUGCAGCGGGUGGAAGGAAUUAACCCCCAUUCAAAAGGCAGGAGAUCCUUGGUGCUAAAUACGGGAAGGAAGGACAGGGUGUGUGGGGAGCGUCCUCUCCCCGUCCCCCCACCCUGGGCACAGUGGCCACACCAGGCAGCAGCCCCGGCUGUCUGUGGCAGGGGCAGCGGCCAGCCGGCACAGGUGCGCCCAGGCCCGCCUGCUCCAGGAGCCCAAGAGUUCUGCAGCCCCUGUGUGAGUGCUAGGGAUUGCCCGGCUGGGUCGGAGGGCCACCCACGUGACCUGUCUUCCUCUUCCUGUCGCCUCUCCUUAGCUGACCCAUGCCCCGUCAGUCCAUCUGAGUGGUGGGGCUGUGUUAACAAACCUGUCUUCCGGGGUCUGUACCUCGUGACCAGAGGGGGGACCCACCGUGACAUUCUCCGCUCCAGGGCCUGAGAAUGUGGCGGUCUGGCUGCACGCUUGUCAGUCCUGCCCCUGGGUCCUGCCUGCGCCUGGCAGCUGUGCUGGGAGUAAGGAGGGGCCCUCUGGGGGGGCCACCCAAGGCAGUAGCUUGAGGCCCCACCUGGGUGUUCUGAACCCAGCCGUAGUGUUUCAUUCCCCCACGAGGCUGUGGCAGUCACACCAGGGAGAUGCCCCAGAUCAUUGGGCUAAGUCUCCAUUCGGUCCUCCCAGACCCAGGUGGACCAGCUGGUCUUCCAGGAACGACUCUGGCUUUUAGGGGCAUCGUUACAGAGCAUCUCCUGGGGUCACCCAGGACUGGGACUACACAGCCUCUUCCCAGCACAGCAGGGGGGAGGUGGCGGGGGCCAGCUGCUUCUUUGGGGCUUUGCUUUUCCUCUCACCGUUGGGGACAUCUGGGUAGCAGUCAGCUAGUCGUGAUUGUCGUCCCGCGCUUGGAGCCCAUCCCAUUGUAAUGUUGACAUCCGCUGCGAAAGCUGCUGCUGGCCUGCUGUCGUGCCGCUGCUUGGGCAGAGAGCCAUUGUUGUCGUCAGCUGAUGGGUGAGUGGGGCUGAAGGCUGGGCCAGCCCAUACCAGGCUGCUUCAAGGACCGGAGCCGCUGCUCCUCGCUCUCCUGCCUCUUUCCGUCUCUCCCGGCCUGGCCAGUGGGCUUGUGGGUCAGCCUUCAGGGCCCACAGCUGUGACCUUCCCUCUCCUUCCCCUCCCCCGCCUCUCGAUCCUCCACCUGACCCGCUGCCU